AUGGUUCUUGCGAAUUCUGGGACUCUACUUCAACAAAUAGGUCAUCUUAUUAAUUCGUUAUUGGCGCGUCUACUGCUCCUAUGUCCACGUCGCCUUCAACCUUUCGGCUUCUACGAAGGUGCCGGGUGCGGGGCGUGGGGUAGAGGUGUGGAGAGUGCAUCUGCUGGCUGCACGCGUGCCUUCCCUGGCGUCUCGCUGGUAAUUCCCCGCCUCUCUCAGCGUUCGGCUCGGCUCGGCUCGGCGCGCGGCCAAGAGCAGGAAAGCGCGCGGCGCGCGCGGGCGCGUGGGGCGGUGGAAGGCUGGGGGGAGGGGUGGGUGUCGCAGGGCGCGCGCAGGGUGGCCGCGCCGCGAGGUGGCGGUGGUGGCGGCGGCGCCGCCGGGGGAGGGGCAGAUGUGGGUCAGCGCAGCGGGGAGAGGGAGGGUGGCGCCGGAGCGGAGCGGGGCGGGGCGGGGCGGGGCGGGGCGGGGCGGGGCUGCGCGCCGCGCGGGGGGAGUCGCAUAAAGGCGGGGACGCGGCCGUUGGCGCGCCUUUCGCCGGCGUCCAGCCGAUCGCGCUCCACGCUUUGCUCUCCGCAGUCGCCGACGCCGCACCCGCCGCCGCCGCCGUUGCUGCUGCUGCUGCCGCGAACGCCCAUCCCGGCCCCGCCGCGCAGGACCGCACUUCGCCCCAGCCGCCGCCCACCCACGCCAGACAUGACGCGCGCCGCCCUCAGGACGGCGCUGGCGCCGCGGGCGCUGCUGCUGUUGGGGGCCUUGGCGGCGACACUGGCGACCCUGGCGGCCGCCCCAGUCGACUCCGAACCACGCAUCAUCACAGAGCCCGAACCGGGACAGGAAUUCGUACAGUUGAUGGUUUCGUCACCGCAGAGAGACGCAAGUAUGUUUUCACAUAAUUUUUAUUCUAUUUUUUAUCAUACUGAUGAGUUAUACGCGAAGUAUCUUCUCUCAAAAAUAUCUGAGAAGAAAAUUAUUAUGAAAAUAAAGGAUAAGAUUUAUAGAUUUCUUGGCACAAUCUCAAUACUUUCAAACUACACGUCACCCGAGGAAUGCAACUUCAGAAGGGAAUAA